AAACUCUCCUGACAAAUCAAAUCCCACAGAGAGAGAUUGGUUAAUCUUUUGCUUUUACUUUUGUCAUUCUCCUGCGCUUAAAUCUGGUGAAGCAUACUUGUCCGAAAGGAGACACCUUUCUUUGGUCUAUUAGGCGACGGUCAAUUUUGAUUCCUCUUUCAUUUCUUGCUGAUUCGCCUCUAGGGUUUCUGUCUUACUUAUCGUCUCGUGCUCGAAAGUUUCUGUCUUUUUUUCCGGGUAUCUUGCAGCAAAGAGGGUUCUGAUUCUGGUGUCUGCAAGUCUGAUGCAAAUUCUUCAAUUUCUCUGUUUGCUGUGAAAAUGAUUGAUAUGAGUUAGGCGUUACAAGAUUUCCUUCCUGAGUGAAUCUCCUUGUUGAUGCUACAUCGCUCCCUCAGAGAUUACCAAUUUGUCUAUUGGACAAUCAGACUUUGCAGAAGAGUCACAUGAGUUCUUCUGCUUAGAUACGCUUCCAUCUUCAAAAAUGUUCAACCUUUAAGCUUGUGUUCCAAUUGCUUAUUGUUUUAGGUGUUUUUUCGGAUUUUGGUGUAUAGUUUGAUGAUGGCAGGAAAUGGAAUGCCUACAUUGGGUCGUGUCAAGGUUUGUGAUUUAGUUCCCAGUGAAGGUCUACCUUCUGAUUCUUACAAGUUAGCGGUGACUACAUUGUCUCAAUCUCUGGCACAGUACUCUGCAGCCAUCAUUCAGUUUCCUGCUAGCGAUGGAGCCCUCCUUAGAUCCGGUCUUGAUUCUGCUCGGCUUUAUUUUCACCAGAGAGAUUCAUAUCCAGCCACUAAUAAUAUGAUCCACACAAAUGAUUCACAAGAAUGGUGCAAGACUUCUGGCUACUAUGCAGAUCCUCAGUCGUGGCAAGAGAGUUACGAGUAUAGACCUGGUUUGACUCCGACCGAGCCAAGCAAUUCUAUGGAGUUCCCUCCUGCUGGUUUGCCUGAUAUCUUUGCUUUACUAGGAAAAGCUGCUCGUGUAGUUCUUGAUGCCAUUGGUUUCUAUUUGAACUUGAGAAGCUGUCCAUUUACUGAGAUUCUUGAUAAUGUCCCUUUGAGAAAUUGUGAGGUAUCGUCUUCUGUGUUAUCUGUUUGCUGUUAUGCUAGGCCAUCCUUUCAUGGAGCACAGCACCAUAGCUUAACAGAAGACGAGCAGCUUAUCCUGUAUUCAGACCAUGAUCACCAACUUGACAAGAGUCUGAUCUCAUUUGUGAAAUCAGAUAAGGCGGGGUUGCACAUCAGGGACAUGCAUGGGCAAUGGAUUUUAGUUGAUGUGGAUCUUGGUCCUCAAGAGGCUGUUGUGUACCCGGGGCUAGCUCUUUACCAGGCUACAGCGGGGUAUGUGAGUCCCGCAGUGCACAGAACCGAUUUGAACAGUCUGCAAGGAAGUAUAGAAGGGAGGUUCUCCUUGGCCUUCAAACUCAUGCCAAAAUCAAUGACCAAUCUGAGUUGCUCGGAGAUGAGAGCAGCAGGUCAUGGUGUUGAAGCUCAGUUUCAGCUCCCCGUUUCUGUUGAUGACUUCAUGCAGAGAUCUCACUCAAAUGAUGAACUUUUUAACAGACAGACUUUGCAAAGCUUCAUCGUCCCUCAAUCCCAGGAUGGAUCAAUGAAACAGCUGAAAAAACGGAGGAAGAGUGAUUCUAGAUGCAAACCACUACCACCUUCAAAACGGCUGAGGUUAGAAGCACAGAGAGUUCUCAAGGAACGAGUUCAGGAGAUUGCAGAUAAAAAAGGAAUCAAACUAAGAUUCUGCAAUCUCAAGGAGUGCGAGAAUAACCACAAUGUAAUGAACAGCCCUUGUGCUAAUAUAAGAAGGGAGAUCGGGUGGCCGCACGGAGUUCCAUUUGUUCAUCCUCACGACCUACCCAAUAAAGCGAAAAUCGGUUUCCUUGAGACAUAUGAGCCUGGAUGGUCUGAAACACAUGACAUGGAGUUCAGUCUGUCUGAAACCGCUCAGGGAAACCAACAUGUGACUAACUGUAACCAUUCUUCACCCAAUAACACUCCUUUUCCUUUCGCUGAGACUUGAUCCCGAGGUUACCAGUUCAUUUCUUUGAUUGCAGGAGAUGCGAAAAUGAGUCUUCCAGUUUUGGUCUCUUGGUUGCCUUGACUCUUAGUCAGGUUUCAGUGUCAGUGGUUGCACAUGCUGUGUAUGAUCUAUGGAACAGGGAGACAAGAUAGAGCUGUAUGAGUGACUCUUAUUAUCUGACUCAUUGUACAUUGUGCCUUUGUAUAAUAUACAAGUAUAGCAUGUUCCAGGAUUCUCAUCUAUGCACAAAAACCAUCUCAUAUGGCCAGUCAGUGAUUUUGAUGAAUAAGAUUUGAGUUCUUUUGGUGCAUGAAUUUUGUUGCUGUUGAAAGCAAAUUAGAUUAGAGUCUUGGUCAGUGUGUGUUCCAUAACAUGAAGAAUCAUCCUAAAGCAUACAUUACAUAAAGCCGGAACACAGUUUGGGUCUAACUCUACCCAACAAACAAUCUAGAAACAUGUCUGAGAUCUCCUGAUAUUGUUGGCCCAUCAACCCCUCACGCCAAGAGCUGUGUAGUGUAACCAAUCAGGCAUUGCCUGGACAAACAAACAAAAAAAUCUACAGCCUUCAUGUGGCAUGACUCUAGCCAGUGAAGAGAAUCAACAGACUUUCUUCUUCCAAACUGUUACUUUUUGUUUUUUUGGAACAAACUGUCUCAUCAUAUCAGUUCCGUGGUUGUGACUGAUCCUCAAAGG